AUAUUUUAUACUCUUAAAUAAUUGAUUUGUUUGAUAAUUGUGGUAACCUGAAUUACUGACGAGCUUAGCAUAGGUUAGGAAUUCCCAACUCAACCUUCGGUUGGGUUUGAUGUAGAUUAGACGUUGAACUCAUAGUAAAGAAUGAUAUGAAGCCUAUUUGAUAUUCGGAAUUAGAGAUGUUUUCUGUUUACACAAACAGAACAAAUGGGAAUGACAGAAAAGCAUUUUUGUGAACAUGUUUCCAAAAACCAUUUUGUAAUGUUUCUUAUAACUAUCAUUUUCCAUGUUUUUCCAAAAUGCAAGUACUUUAGCACUUGAAAGUGAUCCCAAAAUUUUUAUUUUCAUAUUCAUUAUAUAUGCUGGCAUGAAUUAGGGGUUUCAUUUUCUCUGAGUAUUUAGACUAUCACUAGAAGCAAUUUACAUUAGACAAGGCAACCUGCAUGAACAAUGAAUUUAUGGAUGGUUAUAGAAGUCUCAGGGACUACAUACUAAUAUGUUAUUGGACUAUAUUUAUCACUAAAUAAGGGGAUACAUGGAUUUGAUUUGUCUCAUGAACCAAAAUUUGAGCAUGAUAAGUAUGCAAAAGCAAAAGAAAACAAAGUAUAUAUCAUCAUAGGAAUUAACACAAAAAAAAAAAAAAAAAACCAUCCUCUGUGGAAGAGUAUAAAGUACGCCCCCUCCAACGUUAUCAAAGCAGAACAAGGAAAGAGGGGUGGUUGCUAACUAGCAUCCCAUGCCUCCACCUGACCUAUGCUACCAUGAUGGAGGACGUUUUCUUGGGUUGGUGCUAUGCAGGAUCCCUUAAAGACAGUAGAUACAUUGCCUUUUUCUUUUUGAGGGUUCAUGAGGAAACAUAGGGGGAAGAUGCUAUGGCAAUAGGGCCUUGGUGUAUUUUGUUCUUUCUUUUUCACAUUUUUAUUUUUAUUUUAAUAUUAAGUAAAACUUUAUACAAAAAGUGCACAAAAGGGGGUGCAACCCAUUUACACUGGAUGCAUACAAAAAUUGGGUCUUGUUAGCCACUCUUUGGGUGAUUUUGGCUCAUGAGUAAUACUAGAAUUUUUUUAGUACAGGAGGCUAUAGAGAAUUUACGAGAUGGUAUUUGUUACCUAAAUUCUUUAGGGGGGUUAGAGUGAAAGAGUUUGCCGGUACUCCCAUCAGCAUUAUCCAUUUGGAUUGAAGGUGAUUUUGCUUAUCUCAAGCAGGUGAGCUGUUAUGAAGGCUGUGUAGGCUCCACCAUCUAUAUUGUUCCCUAAGCUCAAUGAUGAUGUAUGUUUAUUGAAUAACUUACAAAAAAUGGUGUUGGAGGUUUAUUAGAGGCUAUGGGGGUGGGCCAUUCAACACUUUCUGUAAGCAUCAUGUACAUACUGACUGUUGAGGCUUAGCCUCAUCAAAAGGGUUGAAUGGGAGAUCAUGUUGGGUGCCACAAACAUUUUUUUGUAGGGCUUGAGCAGUUGUUUAAUCCUAGGUGGCUCAGGGCAGGAGAAGGGCAUGAAGGUAUAACCAGUGGAUUUGGCAGAUUGUUAUUCUGUCUUAGAACUUGGUGACUUGGCAGAUUAUUUGUCCAUCUUAAAACUGGGUUGGUCCUUUGGGUAUCAGUCUACAGUUAACCUGGAAGGUGAUAGAUUGACUAAGAAGGGAGCCUACUCUAUUCUGUUUGUUGUGUACUCCCCGCUUCUUUGUACUUUUCUCUCUCUCUCUCUCUCUUUCUUUUUUCUUAAACAUGAUUUUUUUCCUAUUACAGAAAUUCUUUGGUUCCAGCUCCUUUCUUGUCAGAAUGAUGAUCUUGAGGUUCCUCUCUCUGGCUGUCUACCCAAAUCUGUUUCUAAUAAGCUAUCCAUAGAGCAAAGAGCCAAACAUCUACUGUCUAAAUUAAGCAACUACUGCUAAAUCUCUGACCAUCCCAAAACCUCUGAGCCACCUCUCUGCUGUCUCCCUGCACAUCUUUUAAUGGUUCACGAGUCUUAGCCAAUGUAAAAUGAAAUACAAAGAUAUCAUUCUUCCCAAUCCCACUUCCUAGCUGCCUCCAGCUGCCUAGUGUACAGCCAUCAGAAUUAAUUUUCACCCCUAUUCUGAGUAUGCUUCAGACAAAUAUCAACCUUGCUUCUAUUGUUAAUUAUCAUAUGCAAAAUAUAUUAAUUAUCAUAUGCAAAAUAUAGACGUGCCAGUAAUGCUUGGAAAUGCUGUAAUUAUAAUACUUUGGAACUUGGGCAUGAAACAAAUAUAGAGCUUGGUUUAGAUCUUAAUUUUAUAGAUAGUAAUUUUCAAUUUCUUUCACAUUUCAGGUGUCCAGGGAAAAUUAAUUUUACAUAAAUAGUAUUUUCUCCAUGGAGAUUGAUCUCGAACUGCCUUCAGGCGAAGACGACAAGUUCAACACUGGAUCAAAGAUGAAUAAUGAUAUUGUUGAUGUCCCUGAUGGAAUUCAUGUUGGUGAAGAUGUUCAUGCUCCUACAAUAGGUGAACAAAUUAAGGAAAACCUUGGAGAGAAUGUGGGUGAAGAUGUUAUUGGUGGUGGGGAUCAAGUAGAUGUGAACACACUUGGAGCAGUUAGUGGGGCCACAAAUUAUGAGCCCCAAAAUGGUUUGGAAUUUGAAUCAAAGGAGGCAGCAUAUUCUUUUUACAGAGAAUAUGCUAGGUCUGUGGGGUUUGGUAUCACAAUAAAAGCCAGUCGCCGUUCAAAACGAUCCGGGAAAUUCAUUGAUGUAAAAAUUGCAUGUUCUAGAUUUGGAAGCAAGCGGGAGUCCAGUACAACUGUUAAUCAACGAUCAUGUCCAAAAACAGACUGCAAGGCUAGCAUGCAUAUGAAGAGAAGGCAAGAUGGAAAAUGGACUAUAUAUAGUUUUGUAAAAGAGCACAACCAUGAAAUUUGUCCAGAUGAUUUUUAUUAUGCUAUCAGGGGGCGGAACAAGCAAUCUGGUGUGGUUGCUCUUCAGAAGAAAGGACUGCAGUUGGCUUUAGAAGGGGAAGAUGUAAAGAUGUUGCUUGAGCAUUUUAUCCGCAUGCAAGAUGAGAGUCCCAACUUUUAUUAUGCUAUUGAUUUGGACCAUGAAAAACGUUUGAGAAAUGUUUUCUGGGUUGAUGCAAAGGGUAGGCAUGAUUAUAGUAAUUUCUGUGAUGUAGUCUUCUUUGAUACUUCUUAUGUUAGAGACAAAUACAGAAUCCCCUUAGUUCCUAUUGUUGGAGUGAAUAAUCAUUUCCAGUUUAUUAUGUUUGGAUGUGCAUUAAUUGGGGAUGAGUGUGCAUCAAGUUUUGUUUGGUUAAUGCGGACAUGGCUUAAAGCAAUGGGUGGUGAAGCUCCAGAUGUGAUUAUUACUGAUCAAGAAAAAUCGUUGAAAGAAGCUAUCCCAGAAGUGUUUCCUGAUGCACACCAUUGUUUUUGUGUGUGGCAUAUAUUGAGAAAGAUUCCUGAAUAUUUAAGUGGUAUUAUGAAUCAGUAUGAAAGUUUUAUGGAAAAUUUUAACAAAUGCAUUUCUCGUUCUUGGACAGAAGAACAGUUUGAAAAGAGAUGGUGGAAAAUGCUUGAUAAAUUUGGACUUAAGGAGGAUCCAAGGUUUCGAUUAUUGUAUGAAGAUCGCCAAAAGUGGGUCCCAGUUUAUCUAGGGAAAAUUUGUUUAGCUGGUAUAUCUAGGAAUGACCUAUAUGGAAGUAUAACCUCUUUCUUGGACAAGUAUGUGCAUAAAGAUACUACAUUUAAGGAGUUUUUGGUGCAAUACAAAGCAUUUUCUCAAGACAGGUAUGAAAUGGAAGCUAAAGCUGAUUAUGAAACACAACAGAAGCAACCAACCUUAAGAUCUUUGUCACCUUUUGAGAAACAAAUGUCAACAAUUUAUACACAUGAAGUGUUCAAAAAGUUCCAGGCUGAGGUUUUGGGAGUGGUUGGGUGUCAAUUGAAGAAAGAACGUGAAAAUGAGGGAACCAUGAUAUUUCAAGUUGAUGAUUUUGAAGAACGUCAGGAUUUCAUUGUAGCUUGGAAUAAAACAGAUUCAAAUAUUUGUUGUUUGUGUCAUUCAUUUGAAUACAAAGGUUUCCUUUGUAGACAUGCAUUGCUUGUUCUUCAAAUAUCUGGUGUAUCCAACAUCCCAUCUCACUAUAUAUUGAAGCGUUGGACAAAAGAUGCAAAGAUCGGGCGAACUAUAGGUGAAGUAUCUAAUGGGCUUCAAUAUAGGGUGCAACGUUUCAAUGAUCUAUGUAAACGGGCCAUUAAAUUGAGUGAAGAAGGGUCUUUAUCUCAAGAAACCUUUGAUAUUGCAAUUGAGGCAUUAGACGAAGCCUUGAAACAUUGUGUUGGUGUGAACAAUUCUAUUACGAGUGUUUUAGAGCCCAAUACGUUGGCUAUUCAUGGUUUUCUUGAUAUUGAAGUAGAGAAUCACUCAAACAAUACGACCAAGGCAUCUAAGAAAAAGAAGGCAUAUAAAAAAAGAAAGGUACGUUCUGAUUCAGAGGGACUAACUAUCGGGAUGCAAGACAGCUGCCAGCAGAUGGAACAGUUGGACUCAAGAAUGCACACCCUUGAUAAUUGUUAUGUUCCUCAACAGGACAUGCAAGGGAUGGAACUCGGCUCUAGAGAACCAAGUCUUGAUGGCUAUUAUAGUGCUCAACAAAAUAUGCAAGGAAUGGGACAAUUGAACUCAAUACCGCCUAUUCGUGAUGGCUAUUUUAGCAAUCAACAAGGCAUGCAGGGGCUGGGACAACUAAAUUCAAUACAAACACGUGUGAGCCAUUAUGGGGCCCAACAGAGCAUGCAGGGACUGUUGCAGGGACAGCUUAGUUUCAGAGCACCAGCCAUGCAGGGUUGUUUUGACAUUCAGGACAGUCUGCAAGAUAUGGAACAAUCCGUAGGUUCCUCACAAUUUCAUGGCAUUGUGACAAAACAUCUGCAUGGCAAACACCUCUCUCGGUAGCUGAAUAGUAGUUGAAUCCUCCAUACCAUUUAGAUGAAAAAAGAUAGAACCGUGGUUGUGAAGUCGUCCUCAACUUGAUGUCCGAUCAUCCAAAUGUAUGGGUUCUUUGUCUCUAUCGAUUUCAUCAUGGAUUGUGCACAUCCACACACAUAGAGCCAACAGCCUUUUCUUCAACUACUGGUGAUCAUGGGACAACCUGGAAUUUUGUACAUUUGUUAAAAUCAUUGUAUGAAGUUCAUUAAUUGUAAGCUUUGACUCUUCUAGUCUUUUUAUCAAUGAUUGACAAAGAAAUAUCUUCGUGCAAAUUCGUUUUGCCUUUUUCUUCUCCUUGGCUUUCUCAUUGUAAGCAGAAAUAAAUUCAUGUGAUUUCAUCUUGGCUCCAUUGUUAUCUAUUAAUUCAAGUUAGAGAUUUUCCUCCCA